AUGGGUUCAGACUCAGAAAAGGCCCCCUCUCGUCUCAACCAGAAGACAUUGGGCGUAACGAACAGAAUAUGGCUCAUUCUUGCUGUCUUCCUCUCCCUCAUCCUCCUCACGCGAUCUAUAUUGCCUUCUGAGAGCCAGACAACACGACAUAGAGUGCUCUAUUCUGAUCUGAAGCCGAAGAACUACUUGAACAUCAGCGAUCAGGAUGCAAUGCCAUUUGCCUUCUGCCCCGCGCUCGGUCCUGGUGACGAAUUGGCAUCCAAGUACGACCCGGUUGCCCUGUCGAAAACCCGUUUUCAUACAGGAAGCGGGGCUCGUAUUCAUCGAGUUAUCAAUAAAGCGCUGUCAGGGCUGCCAGUGACCAUUAGCGUGCUGGGAGGUUCCGUAUCCGCUUGCCAUGGCGCAGGUGAUGACCCUUUAUCACCCACUUGCUAUCCUUCAAAGUUCUUCAAUUGGUGGAACGGCGUAUUCCCCCACCCUGCCUCUGAGCUUACGAACGGCGCUAUGCGACGCACAAAUUCUGCAUACUUUGCAUUCUGCCACGCACAUCAUAUACCUGACGUCACCGACCUGGUCAUUGUAGAGCUGGACGUUGCUGAUGCGAACGACCAAGUGUCUCUAGAGGAAUUUGAGCUGCUCAUUCGAUCGAUUUUGAUCCGCCCGGACCAGCCAGCUGUACUCAUCCUGGGUCACUUCAGCCCGCAGGUCACAGAGGCAAACGGGUUCGGUGGUCCUGAUCACUGGCAUACCCUGGUGGCGCAGUUCUACGAUGUACCGCAUGUCAGCGUCAAGCCGUUGCUCUAUCCCAGCUAUAUGACGAAUCCUUCAGCCAUUAACCGAUACUUUGUCGACGCAAUGUUGGCAAACCCCUCAGGCCAUGACAUUAUCGCGGACGUCCUAAUAUCCUACUUCCAGUCACAGAUUUGUGCUGCAUGGGGUGGUCUUACUGGCCAGUCUCAUGAGCUCCUGCCCGCUUUGGCCACACCGAUCUUUGCUGACAACGCGAAGCUUCCAAGCGAUGCACGAGGAUUAUUCGGGGGCGUCGCGCAGCGUAAGGGUGCAGCCGGGGCUGCUGCGCCGGAGGCAAACUGGGCUCAACGUGAAGAUGCCGCGAACGGCAAUCCCAACCGUAUACUGUUACCCGAGCCAAACGUGAACUUGAAGGUGCCCUCAUUGCACCAGAACCUUCGUGUACCACAAAUGCGGAUCAACAGUCGACCAGCCGAUUUGGAGGCACAUCCAUUCGUCGAAGUUGCUCCGUACUGCGUCUCAGCGAACGAUUUGAUCAACCCUCUCCCAGUCUCCAUGUUCGCCGGUUCAGGAUGGGCAGCGUUCCACCCGCGCCCGGGUUCUGCGGACUUAUCGUCGCAUGCGCAUUAUUUCUACACGUCAUUGCCGACGAGCAAGAUGCGCGUGAGCAUACAAGUGAGCGCGGGCGAUGUCGGCGUGUACUACGUGAAGGAACCCAGCAGCAAUGUGGGGCUCGGUAGCGCGGUCGAGUGUUGGGUCGACGACAACUUUGCGGGAGCGGUGGUAAUAGAGAAUGCCGCACCAGUUGGAGAGCCAACGCCUGCAUUGGAGAUGAUUGACCACCAGGUCUCCACGGGACCACAUUUCGUCGAGUGUCAGCUCAUGGGAGAGGAGGAUGACAGAGACAUUCCUGCGUUCAGGAUUAUUGGUAUCUUCGCCACCUGA